UAUGUGUUGGCAUUUCAAUUUUAUGUUCGUUAACAGUGCUAAAGUAAACCGUUUAAAUCCUUCUACCGUUUGAUCCCAACGUGAUGUUACAGUUAGAAUUUAUAGAUACUGGUCUUUUCAUUUUCAGGCUAGCUAUCACUGGUUAGCUAACGCGAACUGUCGGUAGCAACAUUACCUAAUGCCUCUGGUCAUCCUUAGUUCGUGCCCGUUAGUUUGGCUUCUUUAACGUUAGAUAACCAAUAUUUCACACUUGUCUGUUCAGAAACGGCAUUCUGUCUGCAGUCAUUUGACUACAUAUAAAACGGUAGCCUACUGUUAACUUCUCUAGCUACCUACUAGGGGUAUUUUGGUGUCUGGCGAACUGGCAAGCAGACAACAGUCUUCUCACCUGACAGUCAUAGAAAAUGUGAUUACGCUUUAUUUCCAGGUUUCCAAGUGAAUAUUAUGGAGUCCACGAAGGGGAGAUCAUCCACACGCUCUCGAGAAACGAAACGUGAUCAUCAUCCCACCCCGACCCAGAAAGAUGCUUAUGCCAGACUGCUCAGUCAACACCAAAGCACCAAAUUCCAAUCUUAUCUGGAACAGUUUGCUCAGCCAUCAUUAUUGAUACACGAUGGUGAGGCAGGUCCUCAACGUACAACUGCUUGCAGUCCAGGUGAUAAAAAUUGGAAGAAACGAGGACCAUAUUAUACAGAGUGUGCUGAUUCAUGCGACACCUCACGUUUACGUCAGAACGAAAAAGAAAAAUGUAUGGAGAAAUCCUCCAGACAAGAGCAAUCCCCUGCAGGUAGAAAGCUGAACCACGAAAACCUGAGAGAUGUUAUGUCCGGUCUAGAUGGAAUCAUAGAUUUAGAUGAAGGUAGUCACCAGGGAAGCAAGCAGAAAUGUGAAUACCUAAAUCAGAAAGGAAGCAUGCGUAGGCCUAAUACAGAUGAAGACAUAACUUUGGGCUCAAAAUGUAAAUCUCAGCAGUCUCCUGACAAUGAUGCAAAUACCAGAAAAGACCAGAGCAAGAAAAAAACAAAGAAAAAGAAUAUCUCAAAGGCAAAUGCAGAAAAUAAGAUGGAUCAGGCACCUCUCAGUUCAGAGAAUGAUGGGGUGUGUGAAGCAAGCAUUGCAACCCCUAUUAAAAACCAGAAACCACAAGGGUCAAAUAUGUGGUGUUCUAAUGAAAAAGCCAAAAAGAAUAGGGGAGGAAGAUGCUCAAAAAAGAGGCUUUUUGAAGAAUACAUGAAUAUGCAGGAUGUCUCAUCUGGCUUAAAGAGAGGAGAACUUUUCCAGGGGUCACUGAGAAUCAACCCUAAAAAAUUUCAAGAGGCAUUUGUUCCAUCUCCGGAUGGCACAGCAGAUAUAUUUCUGGAUGGAGUUGUGGCUCGCAACAGGGCACUGAAUGGAGAUGUGAUAGUAGUGCAGAUUCUCCCUCCUGAACAAUGGAAGGUGCUAAAGUCAGAGGCUGAUGUUGAGGGACUGAAUGCAUCACAAAGUGUACCUGGACCGACAGCUCUGAAACUCAAAACAGCAGAGGCCUCCCCCAGCCCCGAUGUCAUCGUAGAAGCUCAGGACUGUGGUGAUGAAGACUCUUUAGUUCAGGGCGUUCAUAACAUCAGUCUCCAAGGCAAAGCUCCAGAGACCCCCAAAAAAGGAGACCAGAACACUAUCUCACGGACCUCUACUGAGCGAGCUCUUCAGAGGACAGGGAAGGUGGUUUACAUUGUGGAGCAGAAGCACUCACGGGCCGCAUCAGGUUUCAUCAAGUUUCUCCCAGACAAGAACUUUGCCAUGUUUGCCCCGGUGGAUCAUCGCGUUCCAAGAGUGAACGUUCCACUCGAGGACUGUCCAGCAGACUUUGCUUCCCGUCCAGGGGACUAUGCCAACACACUGUUUGUCUGUCGGAUCAUGCACUGGCCAGCAGAUUCCAACUUUGCUGAGGGACGGCUUGUCAAGAGUCUGGGUCAGGCGGGAGAGAUCGAGCCAGAGACGGAGGGCAUCCUGAUGGAGUACGAUGUAGACUUCUCCGAGUUCUCUGAUGACGUCUUGGCCUGUCUGCCCCAGGUUCUACCAUGGACCAUCCCGCAUGAGGAGAUUUCCAGGAGGCGAGAUUUGAGGAAUGAAUGCAUUUUCACAAUUGACCCAGCUACUGCCAGAGAUUUAGACGAUGCCUUGUCAUGCAAGCAACUACCUGAUGGGAACUUUGAAGUUGGGGUUCAUAUUGCAGAUGUCGGUUAUUUUGUUGAAGAAGGAAAUGCACUGGAUUUCAUUGCAAGUCGAAGAGCCACAAGUGUCUACUUGGUUCAGAAGGUGGUUCCUAUGCUGCCACGUCUUCUGUGUGAAGAGCUGUGUAGCCUGAACCCCCUGAUAGAUCGGCUGACGUUCUCAGUCGUAUGGAAGCUCUCUCCUGAGGGCAAGAUCUUGAGCGAGUGGUUUGGCCGCUCUGUGAUCCGCUCCUGUGUCAAGCUCAGCUACGACCAUGCCCAGAGCAUGAUUGACGCUCCAGACAAGCUCUUUACUGCUGAAGAACUUCCACCCUGUUCCCCAGAGCAUCCCAUCGAUGAGAUCCACCAGGCCGUGCUUAACCUGCACUCCAUUGCCAGGCGGCUGAGAUCACAGCGCUUUGAAGGAGGGGCCCUGCGGCUUGAUCAGAUGAAGCUGGCCUUCACUCUGGACCGAGAGUCUGGGAUGCCCCAAGGGUGUUACAUCUACCAGUACAGGGACAGCAACAAGCUGGUGGAGGAGUUCAUGCUGCUGGCCAACAUGGCCACUGCCCACCAGCUCUACCGCACGUUCCCUGGGCUGGCCCUAUUGCGCCGCCACCCCCCUCCCCAAACCAAGAUGAUUGAUGACCUGCAGGAGUUUUGCGACCAGAUGGGUCUGAACAUUGACUUCUCCUCGGCAGGGGCCCUCCAUAGUAGUCUUCACGAGACUCUGGGCAAUGACCAGUACACCAGUCCCAGGAAAGAAGUCCUCACAAAUAUGUGCUCCAGGCCAAUGCAGAUGGCGGUGUAUUUUUGCACUGGAGUAUUGGAGGACGAGACUCUCUUCCGCCACUAUGCCCUAAAUGUGCCCUUGUACACCCACUUCACGUCCCCCAUCAGACGCUACGCUGAUGUCAUUGUCCAUCGGCUUUUAGCAGCAUCUAUUGAGACUGGCCCUCGCCUAGGUCUAACUGGAGAGGAAGUUCAGAAACAGGCAACUCACUGUAACGACAAGAAGACUUCCUCAAAGAGGGUUCAGGAGCUAAGCAGUGAGCUCUUCUUCAGUGUCUUUGUUAAGGAGAGUGGUCCUUUGGAGUCUGAGGCUAUGGUGAUGGGAAUGCUCGACCAGUCCUUCGAUGUACUGGUUCUUCGGUAUGGGGUACAGAAAAGAAUCUACUGCAAUUCUUUGGAGGGCCUCGAGAGCUAUAACUACAGAAAGGUGGGCAAGCGCCCAGAGAUGACACUGGUAUGGGCAGCAGAAGACCCUGAGGUGGGCUCCACACGGCAGGAGCUCUCUGUGUUUACGCUGGUAGAAGUGCAGCUCAAGGCCGACAAAGCACCAAUGAAAUACAGUGCUGUCCUGAAGAGACCAGAGAAGGCACCAUGAGUCUCAUAGACACUCCUCACGCACACAAGAGCCUUUUUUUGUUGUUUACAUAUUAAGUAGAUGUUUGAGGGCAAGCACUGACAAGCUCAUGAGAAGAGUGUGUGUUUUUUUUUUUUAAAGGUUGACAUGAGAAGAUUCAAGAGCUUAAUUUAGUAGUGACCUUUUAUUUACUUGCAAGAUCUUAAAAUUCUUUCUUCAAAGCCAGUUAAACAGAUCAAAUGACAGUAGACUUAUAUUUGAUGUGCCAGAGAAGGCCUGUUUUUGUGCAAUUAAUACAUUGGACAUUUUUAUAAAUGAGACUUAUUUUAAAUGAUUUACCCUUAACAUAAAGGAUGGAACCCAGUUAUUAGCUAGCUUCAGUUUAAGCAACACAAAACUGGUUGACUGCAUUGGUUAAAUUACAUCAGAAAUGGUCACACUCAACUCCAUUUUUGUAAUUAGACUCCUUGGAGGAGUAAAAAUAUUUGUCUUUUAAAACAUUUCAGUAUUCACCACCCUAGUGGUUUUAUUGUAGGCCUUUAACCUCUUUUCAUGCCAUAGAAGAUGGUUUAAUGUUUUUAAUGUGCCAUCUAUUUUUCAGUUAAAUACUAAGGAAAAUUAAAAAACACACUCCUUCGUUUUUCCUGCUUACCUGUAAUAAUACUUGAAGUGAGUGUGCCUCCAUUUUCACAUUUUUGUAUCGUUUUGAAUGUGAUGUGUGGUAUAUCUCUGGGAGUAUAAAACUAGAAUUUGAUGUAAUACACAUGCAGUGUCUUCUGCCAAACAGUGCUUACAGUUUCAAGCAAGUAUUGCAAAUACCUACUUUCAAGCAAAGGAGUAAUUGGGUGGUAGCUUGUGUGAAACAAUACUUUUAGCAAACUAAAACUGCUCUGCCAUGCAACAAAAGUUAUUUUCUUGCCAAGCCUGAUACCGGGAUUUUUAUUCUUUUUCUGUUUGUUGGUUUAAUUAUUAUUUUUUUUAACCCCAUUUAGUUGAUGUAAAUAAUUUUAACAUGCUUGACUAUAGGAUUGUUUGGUUGGGACCAAGGUAGACCUCUAUUGGUACUCUAGGUGACUACAGCUUUAUCAUAAAACACAAAAACAAGCUUGUUUUAUUUGGGCUCUAAUGAGAUAUGAAGUAUAAAGUAAGUGCACUUUCUCUAUGUGAUGCUGCUUUUACAUUUACUGGAAGCUAAGUGAGACUAUAAUAUCUAAGCUUUAUGGGCCAUAGGUUUCUACAUAAAAAAAAAUGUAUGUUAAGCUACCUGUGGAUGUUAUGAAAAUGGAAUAUAAUUGGCCUAACUUAAGUAAUUAAUUUAAGAGCCUUCUGCAUUUCAACCAGAAUUCUGCCAUUUCUUGUUCCACACUGAUUAAACUCAUAAGCCACUGACCAAA